GGAACGGGGACCUACACCUUACCCUCUUCCUGUUCGUCAUUCACGCCUUUCCCCCCCAGGCCAUGUCAAGCGUCUCUCGCCGCCAUUGCUGCGCCGUAUCGCAGCCCUAGAUCGCAGCCUCGAAGAAUGCGGCGGUCAUGUCCAAGAGGGCCUUCAUCUUCCCGUGCGGCCUCGUCCUAGCAUCUGGUUAUUUGAGCACCGCGCCCCCCGUCGACUACUCGUUUGCCUUUGACAAGCCGCUGCACACGGUUGGCUUCGUGCUGCUCCUCACUGGCCUCGCCAUCGUCGCCAUUGAAGCCUGGCCCUCGCGAACCCCCCAGCCGCAGCCGCCGACAAGAUAUAUUGCCAUCCCACUCAGCCAAGGCCAGACUAGGCCGCCGCGCGAGGAGAUAUGGACAGAAGCCGGGCAGCCAGGACGGAGAAGAGCAUGGAGCGUCAAGGCGGUCGGGGCGCUGUUGGCAGUGCUGCUGUUUGCCAUCUGCGGUCGCAUUGGCGUCUUCUACCGCGUCAUGAAGGACGUCGAGUGCAGUGGGCCGUCAGCAAUGGCGUUCCUCCCUCUCGUGCUCGCUCUCUACCAUAGCAUCCGCCACCCAAGCCAGCGACAGUACCCCGCCUGGAGUGCUGACUCACGCCCCCGGACGCACCUCGAUCGCACCUACAACUUCAUCUUUGACGGUUCCACACGUUAUAUUGUUCCCUCUGUCCUCGUCUCCAUCAGCAGCUUCCUCGUCCUUGUCAAGUCCAGCUCGCUACCGUCGACGUACAUCUGCCCGCUCGCAAACUCAACCGCAACCACUAUUCCCUCGCUCCAGUUCCUCGGCUUCGUGUUAGAUGGCAUCAUUGUGCAGCUGGCGUAUCGUCUGAUCGACGAUGGCAUUUCUGCGGCGGACGACUGGACUAUUCACCUUCAAGAUGGCACAACGAAUCACCUGCUUGUUGGCCUCACACUUAUUGCAUCAUCAUUAGUUCUUCUUGUCGCUGGCAUCGUUGUAUACCCUGCAAUGCCCGAGCAUCGCGAGUGGAUGCUCUCGUUUCCUUCUGAAUAUCUUUUAGGUCUUUUGCGUUUAUCGUUGAUGAUACCCUUUAUGACGUUAUGUUUCCUUAAGUCGGCACGGUCAUACGGCGUUAUGAGCGCGGUGCUCAUUGUUGCAUUUUCUUCGGCAUACAUUGGCGUGCUUCGCGCCCUCGGGACCGGCGUGUCCUUUUCAUUCCCACCAAAGUCAACCGUUGGACUUGUUUUGUGUCUAACUUUGCUCACUAUUGCCCUUAUCAUCCACUUGGUCACAGAUACCAACAUCGAAACUCGCAUUCGAUCUACCGUGCCCGUCCGUCUGGGCAGGAACCAGUCGGCGGCUUUCAUCGUCUUACUCAUCGCCUUCUCUAUUGGUGUAGUCGUGUACCGUCGUCAAGGCCCAGUGCUAGAACACCCCAUCGCUUCUCUGAUCGACCGCGCGACCGUACAACACGAGCACUGGGCUUCGCAAGCGCACCGAAGUAAAUCACUAGCGGAAGCUGUUGUGCACUAUCGGCAGCGCUAUAAGCGAGAUCCUCCGCCAAACUUCGAUAAGUGGUACCACUUCGCGGUUGCCCGGAACUCGAUCGUAAUAGAUGAUUACGAUAAUAUCGAGCAGGACCUUGCACCCUUCUCAUCGUUCAAUCCCGAUGACCUACGGUUACGCACAGCAACUGUACUGGCCACAAACGAGGCAGUGGGUGGCAUUCGGAUAAGAGAUGGAAAAGCCGAGGUCUUUGCUAAUGUGCCCGAGACGCAUCAAUGGAUGAUGGAUGGUGCGGCUGCUAUGAUUAGGCAGUUUUCCGAGUUUCUCCCCGACAUGGACUUGGCUCUGAACCUACACGAUGAACCUCGCGUUGCUGUCCCAUAUGAGCGCCUACAGGAUGCCCUGGACAACCCUCAGCCAUACCCCACACCGGAGCCGUCUCGACCAGGGAAAGAGUUCAGUGUCGAUCGCGCCAAGAAGUGGCCAGAUCUCGAACAAAUUCGUGUAGAUCCACAAUUCUUCGAAAAUGCUCGUCUCAAGUCUUCAUUCCAGACGUAUGGAUCCAUUGCUUGCUCGGCACAAUCUCGCGCUCGAAAGGAACGUCACUGGAACGCGAAGACGUUUUGCCAUACCUGCACGCAGCCCCACGCCAUGGGCGCCUUCGUAUCCAACUGGACUAUCUCAGCCGACCCUUGCCACCAGCCAGAUAUAGCAAACCUCCAUGGCAUGCAUCUGAGCCCCUCGAACUUGAUGGGUACGCACGACAUCGUGCCCAUCUUUAGCCAAAGUCGCGCGCCUGGCUACGCCGAUAUCCGAUACCCUUCGCCUUGGAAUUAUAUGGACAAGACCAAGUACGAAUUCGACGAAAAGUUUCCGGAUCCUCGCUUUCAUGAUAAAGAGAAUGUUUUGUUCUGGCGCGGCACGACUACAGAAGGCGUGACUACGGCUGGAACCUGGAAAGGCAUGCUCCGCCAACGCCUUGUUCACCUUCUCAACAACGAAACCGCCCGUCAACCCAUCCUUUUACCAAAGGCUGAUCACAGCGGGCAGCUUGAGUACAUGCUCAAACGAACCAUCGACAUAAAUAACUACCUCGAAACCAAAACCGACGUCCGCUUCGUCGACGAAAUCUUACGCUGCGCCGGGCAAGAUUGCAUCGACCAAACCCGCGAGUUUGGCUUCGGGGAGCCCAUUGACUUUAAACAGCACUGGCGCUACCGCUACCUCUUCGACACAGACGGCGCCGGUUUCUCAGGCCGCUUCAUCCCCUUCCUGAAAUCCAACUCGGUCGUUUUCAAGUCCCGCCUUUUCCAUGAGUGGUACGAGGGUCGUCUCAUCGCGUGGAAACACUUUGUCCCAGUUGACCUUCGACUGCACGACUUGUUCAGCUCCCUAGCGUACUUUGGGGGCUAUGGUGUUGAGGCGCGAAACAAGAGGAUGAUGGAAGGCAAGUCAAAAGAAGCCGAGGCCAUUGCGAGACAGAGCAAGGUGUGGACGGAGAAGGUACUCAGAAAAGAAGAUAUGGAGGUUUACAUGUUUAGGCUCUUACUUGAGUGGGGUCGGUUGACGGACGAUGCGCGGACAGAGGUAGGGUUCAGAAUAGGCAAAGGCAAAGGAAAGGGAAGGAGUAGUAGUAUGGAAAGAGAGGUUGUGGAGCUGUGAAAAGGGCAAUAGCGCGGCGUUUUGGGGUUGAAUUGGUAGCAUUGCAUGGCGUUGUUUUUUUGACUGCAAAAGAUAGUCUUCAUCUUCUUGGUGGUGGAGCUUCUGCGCGCUACAAUGCGCGUUACUCUGAACAUCUCAACGUCAAGACUUCGGUUCUACUUCGUAUCCUUCCCUCCGCCUGUGCCUAUUUCGAAAUCUCCGAGAUGAAACCUCACAUUACGUGGCAACUUCGACCCAAAGCCUAUAGAUCGUAUCUCUGCUUCCGCCAGUCGAAGGACGAUCUGAAGGUCUGUAUCAGACUGCAAAGGUGGCGCCUGACCCAC